AUGGCAGAACUAUUGGCUGCAUUCAUCCUUAAUCUGAUCACCAUCAUCGUAUUUAAGAAGCAACGCCAACUACAGCGGCGAAGUACAUACUUGAUCAUCCAUCUGGCGAUAGUCGAUCUCUUAGUCGGAGCUGUCUCAGGGCCUCUGUGUUUCACUCCUCCAGUGACUAAAGUUUCCCUGGAAUAUCUUCGAAGUAUACUAUGUAGGUUGUUUCCCAUAGCAUCUGUAACUAAUCUUGUUGCAAUUUCUUUGGAGAGACUUCAUGCCACAUUUUUUCCAUUACUACAUCUCACCGCCAAAAGCCGUGCCUACGUCAUAGCAAUCGUUGCCAUUUGGGUGAUUUCCACCUCCGUGGAAACAAUUCAAGCUUUUACAUUUCAAAGAAAUUUGCAAUUAGUCAGUGGAAUCAUAUAUUUCUCUUAUUUUUCGAGCGUGGUUCUAAUUAUUUCCAUCUCGUAUCUUUUGAUAUGUAUAAGAGUGCGACGCAGUCCACUUCUUCAACACCAGUCCACGGCCAUCCGGACCAGAGAAAGAAGACUCACAAAUUCCUUAAUCAUUGUUACUUUUGCAUCUCUGCUGACUUUGUCACCAAUUUUCAUCUACGCAAUCAUGCAGACCUUGUUCAGCGUACCUGAGCUAAGUCUUUCCAAAUUAUCAGGCCUUCGGUUUUUCUUGGGAGUAGUUCUAUCGCUGGGCUUAAAUUCGUCAAUAAAUCCCGUAAUUUACUCCAUGACGAAUUCAGAAUUCCGUGCAGGCAUGGCACGGAUGUGCCACAGGCGUCACGGACGCCUGAAUCAAAUCCAUGCCAUUCCUGCAUAUGUAAACCCAGGCAUUUUUUCUCUUAAAGAGUGUGACCGCCAUCAUCUUCCCUGA